ACCUUGUCCGUUCCAUCCCGCCUACCUCGUGUGUUAUCCCUAUUUCCCUGUGUUUCCCUUUAAUCGUCACUUCCAGUCUGCAGCACACAGUCACAUCCGGCAACCGGGAAAACAGAGACAGUCACAGAUCAGAGGACACAUCUUGUGACUUAUAGACACAGCGGCACUUUAUUCUGACUACAACCGGAGGAGAGACGUUGAUUUAUAGAAUGAGACCGAAAAGACAUCUAAUGGGCAGCCAACCGUACUUGGGGACACCCUACUAACUGCGGCGCUUGCUGAUCCUGUCACUCCAGUUCUGAGCACACGGAAUAGUAUCCUCUGUUGUGCUAACACAACAACACUCUGUUUCCUCCUAGAUCUUUUUCGAUGCAGUGCCAGUCACCUGUCUCUCUCGCAAGAGGCUGCUAAUGUUUUAUUUACUGAGCAGAAAUAUGGAAGUACUUGACCACAGCAGCAAAUCUGGCUUUAAAUCGUACUAUUUCGGCUAAUCACUUUGACCAUGGGUUUUUAUUGACAACCACUGGUUUUAUUUAUUUUUUUUAAAGUUAGCAAUAACAUAAUCAUCUGUGUUAUAGUUGUUAUUACAGAAUUAGGAAAUGAACGGAUUUUCCUUUAAGGAGCUGUGCUGCGUUUUUUGUUGCCCGCCAUGUCCCGGUACAAUUGCUGCAAAAUUGGCUUUUGUGCCCCCCCAGCCCACCUAUACUAUAUUACCAGAGCCAGAUGCCCUGCCAGCUGGAGGGAAUGGACGAGUUGGAACUGGGCUCCAUGGCCGAUGGAAACUACAACUCACAGACCGGGCAGAUUUUCAAUACACUCAGCGGGAACUGGACAGCAUAGAGGUUUUCAUGACCAAGAGCAGUCGGGGAAAUAGAAUUGCCUGCAUGUAUGUCCGUUGUGCUCCUGGUGCCAGGUACGAAGGCAGGGCAACUACUUUACUUAGCCCUGUCAUUACUGGAGCUUCAAAAAGCAAUGUUUUGUUCACCCUACUAUUUUCACAUGGGAAUGCUGUGGAUUUGGGACAGAUGACCAGCUUUUAUUUAGACCUGGGUACUCGCAUCAACUGCAAUAUCUUUUCUUAUGAUUACUCUGGAUACGGGUGUAGCUCUGGAAGGCCUUCAGAAAAGAACUUGUAUGCUGACAUUGAUGCAGCAUGGCAUGCUCUGAGGACAAGGUAUGGAAUCAGUCCAGAAAACAUUCUUCUUUACGGGCAAAGUAUUGGCACAGUCCCAGCUGUGGAUUUAGCAUCUCGUUAUGAAUGUGCUGCUGUUAUCCUGCAUUCAGCGAUGACCUCUGGUAUGCGGGUCGUCUUGCCAGACACUAAGAAAACCUACUGCUUUGAUGCCUUUCCAAACAUUGAAAAAGUGUCAAAGAUAACUUCCCCUGUACUGAUAAUGCAUGGGACAGAAGAUGAAGUCAUUGAUUUUUCUCAUGGCUUGGCACUGUAUGAACGAUGCCCCAAGACUGUGGAGCCUCUAUGGGUAGAGGGAGCUGGACAUAAUGACAUUGAACAAUACAGUCAGUACUUGGAGCGUCUAAAACGCUUUAUCACACAAGAGUUGGUUUCUCAAAACAGUAACUGAUGUUCAGCUCAAUUCUCAGUUCUCCCUAUUUUGAUUAAACCCAAAACAGACUUUCUGAUUUUAUGAUCUGUAUCAACAUUUUCUGGUUGCAAUGUUCAUGUUUUCUGUAAAUAAAAGAAAGAUGAAAAAGACAUCCAGUUUCCCAACUUUGUUCAAAUGGAAUCAUGGUAACACUGUUAGGACAGUCACUUGAUUUCUCCCAACCCACUUCAAUAUGUCCUUUAAGUUAUAGUGGCAAAGGAAAUAUUAUUAAAAGCAUCAAGUUUGUAAUUUAUAUUUAAGUUCUAAGAUUGUUAACCCUGUGGGCAAGAAUGUUUGUAAGUUGUGUUUUUCUGGCACAUACAUUGUGAAGCCUGUUUACAAAUUCUGUAAAAUGCACUUUCUUGUGUGCUAUGCAAUUUCACAUAAUGAUAUAAAUGAGCCAUGCAGAUUUUUUUUGUGUCUGCUGAAAAUAUAUAAUCCAUUCUUGUUAAAUGUGAAUUUGAUGCAUACAUGCAUUCAUUCUCAAACAUACUGCAAUGUGUUUGAGUAACUCAAAAUAUCUGUGACCCAAUAAAUUCUAUUUUUAAGGUGUAA